UUAAAAAAAAACAUAACUUUUGCUACUUACUUACUACACACCCACUGGCCACUGGCCCGUACUGAUCCAACUUCGUACCUUUUAUUAGCGUCCAGGGAACAGUCGACCGUGUUCCAUUUUCAUUAGAGACGCGGGACAGCAACUUGGAGAACAAUCGAGGAAUUAAAUGAAAUUUGGACAAGGACAUAGAAAGGUCACAGAAUCCAGUUUUCUUGGAUAUACAUAUCUAGAAGACCCUACGACUAGUCACGUAACAAAAAAGCUACAAAUAGUAAUAAGUGGUCUGCCCGAUAAGGCACAACACCAACGCAUAUUUAGCUGUCGUGUCCAAAAAGUAAAGAAUAAUAUUAUUAUGUUAUUGACCAAAAAUCUCCAAUAUCCAUUUAAUUUCUUAUACAUUAUACAAAUUUCUCAUUCGAUGAAUCUUCCCUUUUUAUUUCGGAUAAUCUUUGUAAUGUAUACCGUCGAGAUUGUUUUCUAUAUAACAUAUAUUUCUAUAAAUAGGGGCAACCUAAGACGAACAACAUCUCCACUUCCCUUAUUUGAUCUUAUCCUUAUCUUCUUUCUUGUUCUAUUUCGCUUUUAACCUCUAUCUCUCUGAUAAUCAUUUCAUCUUCUUGUUUAACUUCUUGAGAUCGUUGUCUGAUUCUAGAGCUGUUAUUAAUUAACCAAAGAUAAAUGUCAAUUGACGGAGUAAUUAUGAAAUGAGAAAUCUAAACCAGUUCUCUAGAUUCCUCGUUUAUCAUUCUGUAUCCGUUGUGAUUCUCCACUGGUUUUACGUCUUUUCUUGAACAAUUUUAUUUUAUUUUUCAAUUUUUUCCCGCAAAGUGUUAGGACAAGAACAUGGCAAACGCAGAGAAGACAAGUUCAGGUUCCGACAUAGAUGAGAAAAAGAGGAAACGCAAACUGUCAAACCGCGAAUCAGCUAGAAGGUCGCGUCUGAAGAAACAGAAGUUAAUGGAAGACACCAUCAUCGAGAUCUCAGCUCUCGAGAGACGAAUCAAAGAGAACACCGAGAGAUGCAAAGUGGCGAGACGGAGGCUAGACUCGCUCGAGUCUGAAAACGUUGCUUUGAGAUCGGAGAAGACGUGGCUUUUGAGCUAUGUCAGCGAUUUAGAGAACAUGAUCGCCACGACUUCCUUAACGCUGAUGCAUAGUGGCGGCGAUGACGAGAACGUAAGCGUGGAAAUAGCUGCUGGAGAUUGUAGACGUGGACCGAUGCACGAGUAUGGUUGUGGUUCUCUACAAACACUUGCGUCCUUCAAAACAUGAGCAUUGUGUAUUUUUAAGUUUGUAUCUUAUCAUAUUGAAUUGUUUUCUCCUCAGACAUUCAAAUUAGAUGAUGGAAGUUUUUACUUGUUGAUGCGUUGUAAGUUUGUAACACAUAAACUCGUUCUCGCACAUCUCCUGGGAACCUCUAAAUGAUACUAAGCUAAGAGACGACCUCUUAUUCAAA